AUGCUAGUCAACCACAGGUUCCAAAUGUUUAUGGACGGAAAGAAAAAUAGGUGGUGCUCUGUGAAUAACGGACUACUACAAGAAUCCAUACUAGCCCCAGCACUAUUCAGGUACGAAGGUACGAAGGUAUUCAACUUAUACAUACACAAUCUACUAAUAAUCACUGGCCAAGAAUUUCAGUUCGCAGAUGACAUUGACAUAGCACACACUUGUAAAGAUAUGAAAGUAGGUGAGAAUACCCUAAAAAAUGACUUAAGCAUCUUGUAAAGAUACUUUUACAAAUGGAGACUAAGACCAAAUUCAAAUAAGACAGAGUAUGUGGAUUUCAUCUUGAUAAUAAAGAAGCAAACAGGGAACUCAAUGUCCACUUGAAGGGAGUAAAAGUGAACCAUAACUUUACACCAAAUAUUAGGGAGUAACAUUGGACCGAUAGUUGACAUUUAGGAACCAUAUUGAUAAGCUACAGAAAAAAUUUAAAACAAAAGUGAACUUAGUGCAGAAACUGGCUGGAACUAGAUGGGGGACAGAUGCUAGUAUUCUGAGAAUGGCAACAAUCGCGUUAGUGUAUUCUACAGCGAAAUAUGAAGCUCCAGUUUGGUUGAAUAGUGUACACCCAGGAAAGGUAGAUAUGCAUUUAAAUAGUGCCAUGCGGUUAAUAAGUCGAGUAGUACAAUCAACACCAGUUCUUUUAAAUAUCACACCACCAGAAAUCAGAAGAAUGAAGCACUAG